GGCUAUAUCAUCCCCGGGCCGGGAUCUCGGACACUCGUUUGGCAUUCUCUCCCUGGACUUCAACAUGAGGGUUGUAUUUGCGCUCGCCUGUCUUGCUGUCGCAUGCUUUGCGCAGACACCUACACCUUGCACCUCUCCACCACAAUGGGAGGGACGGAUUUUCCGGUACGACCGGAGCAAAGAGUUCAUGGAGUUCGGAAGGGUCAGCUACGACGAGGCGAACAUGAGGGUCCGCAUCAUUGAGGAGCGAGAGGUCGGCUCCGACAAGGAGUACUAUGAUACCCUCUACCUUCACAACAUCCGCCGUGAGUACAAAUUGAACCUGAAGACUCGCCAGUGCAACGUGACGGAUCUGAUGCGCCCCUUCCGGCCAUUUGGCGUGCCACCGUUCGCCAAGUUUGUGUUCGAGGCUGAGAUCGGGGCCGCGGGCAUCCCCGGUGAAUCACUCAUCGCUCAGACUUGGGACGGAGAGUUCGAGGACAAAUCUCGAUUCGUUGUGACCACCACCUACCCCGACUGUGUGCCACUCAACUCUGGAUUCUACUCCAACGAGACUGGAUUUGUGCAGUCUGAUUUCUACGAUAUUUCCGUCGGCAUUUCCGACCCCAUGGUCUUCAUUCCUCCAACGGAAUGCAAUAAGUUCCAGUAGAUGUCUUUGUUUGUAUUGUAUUUUAGGCAUUUGUUCGUGUCUUUAUUAAAAUGUGUUAAUUAAUAA